CCCUUCCUGUUUCCAAGGAGUUUGAGUUUCCGCGGGCGGCAUUGACGGGGUUAUUCAUAACGAGGGUGAAUCUAAAACUGGGUCUUGAUCGAGCUGGCUUUUGUUGUUGAUGUUGUUUCGCAUCUGUCAAGCAAGCAGGCACUCAGCGUAUCGCUUUGAACCUGUAGUUGUUAAUCUUGAGAGAAAAUGAGUGACGAUCAUCAUCAUUGGAAAAUGAUAUGAAAGUGAAAAACCCCUUCACAAGCUGGGUGACAGUAUGAGCUAUCUCGUUCAUGAUUUUUAACGAGUGACAUCAAGGAUGACAUCAAGGAUAUAGUCGGAAGACAGUGUCUUCUUUUAGAAGGAGAACCCAGAGGGAGACAGGAUUACGUAAAAAUCGGAUAGCCAUCUGACCACAUCUUAAUUGAGAUGCCAUCCUGAAGCAACUAUUACCGUUCAUCAGAAUAAGAGCACAGUGAAACAUUACCCAUCUCAACUUAGUGAAAAUAAAUCGAAAACGCAGAGAGGAUGAGCGAAGCAAAUCCAGUCCUAUACUAAAAACAAGAGACACUUCCAAGGAAAUCCAAAUGUAGGCCUAUAUUUUAUUCUUGUGAGGCCUGCAUUGAACUUCGAAGGUAUACCGCUUGAAUGACAGCAUCGAUUAUUCAUCAAAAUCCCUUGAGAUUAAUGGACAACACUUUUUCGGAAGUGCGACCCCCAAUCAAACAGGUGAAUUCGGGUGAGGGGGGCAACGAUUUACCCCUGUUUCCCUGUCUGACUCUUGGAGCCGUAAUAUUGCAUGUAUGAGAGAACAAUAUAACGAGUGGUAUGGAUAUGGAUAUCUACGCAACCCCUGCCGGUGACAUUGACAACAACAUGGCGCACUCGGAGACGGGAGGAGUGCCUCUAAUGAACGAACACAACCAGAACAGCGACACCAACGGAGGCCCCAAGUUUCACCAAGCAAACAUGGUCAAAGACGUUGAAGAUUUGAACCUGGACAACAGAGAUCCCAUCAAUAUGACGUCACAUGUCAGGAUCGGUUUUGAGGAAGUGUUUGCCGAGCCGGAUCAUCAGCAGAGCUUUGAUGCGGUCUGGACAACCAGCUUCAUCGUAUAUACACAGUCUAAGAUCUGGUGUUAUCGACUACUCUCAGCUGCUCUGGCCAUUCCACUCGCUCUGCUGUGGGGUGUUCAGCUAGCCUUGCUGACCUUCUGUCACAUCUGGUGGGUGGUACCGUGUUCACGGGUCUGGAUCUUCAUCCUCAACUGGGUCGGAAGCCUCUGGGCUACCUGCAUCCGGGCUCUCUGUAAUCCCAUCGCGGAAUCCUGCAGCAUCUUGUUAGGCAAUGUCAAGGUACAGAUGCAGCAUUCCCCGCAGCACGUAUAGCAGCACGAGAUGGAAGGACCAGGGAACAAUAGUUCAGAGAUUCCAUGGAAGAACCAACCAACUUGUUCGUGUCAAGGCGUCUUCCAGGACCUGCGAUGAUAAGGAACAUUUAGUUCUCUGGUAGGUGAUGGUGAUUUUCGUUCUUACUUGUGAUGAAGAGCUACCACAAAGGACCAUUCCCAGAAAGACUACCAUUUCCCCACCUCAUGUAGGUGGCCAAGACCUUUGCUUAGACCUGCUGCUUAGGAUAACCCUGGGGGCGUUUCAUUAAAUUUUUCAUCAGUGACAAAUAACACGUCUUGUUAUAAGCUACCAAAAUCCGUGCUUCUGAUUGGUUAUCAGCAGAAUUGUCACUGAUUUUGUCAUUUGUCAUUGAAAAAAAAGCUUUGUGAAACGGGCCCCUGGUAAUGUUCGACUUUAAAUCACUCGUAGGAUAGGUCAUGUUACAAGAUGCUUUCCAUGGACGGAUGUCCAAUAUCGGCAAUAUCUUGUACACUGAUGGUCAUUUCAAUUAUGCCAGUGAGAAGAGUUGUUAUAAGAGACCAGUCCAUGGUGUAAGUCUAAGAAACACAAACGUUGCGCCUGACUGAUGUUUAACAAUACUAAUGGAACAUGCUCCAAAUGGCCGUUCGAUAAUUCAUGUCUAAGAAAGGCAAACUUGGAUGAUGAUGAUGAUGAUGAUGAUGAUGCAAUCGCAUUUUAAAUAGUUUUGCAAACUUACAUUGAAAUCAUGCCAGAGAGACUCAGGACUCCAUACGCACAGGUUUAAAGAAAGUAACACGAGGAUCAAGACUUUUGAUAUCAAGGUCCAAUCCCCAGCAAUGGUAUGUGGAGAGUAUAGAGAAGAGAAGAGCAUGACACAAUGGGACACUAUCGUCAUGUUGAAAAGGAAUCAGUCGGACACGAACAAAUUAAAUGUGGUGAGGAAGUAUAAGUUGUAAGAAAGAAGUGGUUGUGUUGAUAGCGCACGUUGCAGGCCGUCCUUUCGCUCAAUGGAAACAAUGAUGCAGUCUUA